AGAGAGGACGGGGGUUAGAAAAAAAAAAGAGGGGAGAGGAAAAAAGUUGGAUCUGAUUUGCUGGAAUCGCGCAGGACCGACUGAAGGUGGAAGCGCUCGGUUUCAUAUCAGCUCUGGCUGGAAGCUUUUAGCAGGGGGCGAACCGUCCCGGCACUCUGCGCCCUGCGAAGCGCUGCGAAGCUCCGCGCAGAGAGAGAGAGAGAGAGAGAGAGAGAGAGGCAAACGGAGAGAGAGAGAGAGGGAACACGCCGUAGCGGCGGAGCACGCACAGCUCCAAGUUGCUUCUUCUACUUUUACAUGCCAGCUCCUGCGUAUUAAAAACACAAGUCCUAUUUUUUUUUUUUCCCCUUCCGCGGUGGCGACAAUCUUUGGAUCGAGACUCUUCAUGGAUAUUCUUGGAUAAUUUCCCUUCGGAUUGCUGCUCCACACGCGUACACACGCGCACACACACACACACACACACACACACACACCGUCUCUCUUCUUGCAUGGUGCGCACCGAUCGGUCCAGGACGAUGGAGUGAUCGGAGGAAUUAGUCCACCUACAAUCACUUUUUCUUUCUCAGUGUGCUCAGCGCCGUCUCGACAUGUAUUCUCCGAUUUGUCUAACUCAGGAUGAAUUUCAUCCCUUCAUCGAGGCGCUCCUCCCUCACGUCCGUGCCAUCGCCUACACGUGGUUCAACCUGCAGGCCCGAAAGCGCAAGUACUUCAAGAAGCACGAGAAGCGGAUGUCCAAGGACGAGGAGCGCGCCGUGAAGGACGAGCUCCUGGGUGAGAAGCCCGAGGUCAAGCAGAAGUGGGCCUCCAGGCUGCUGGCCAAGCUGCGGAAGGACAUUCGGCAGGAGUACCGGGAGGACUUCGUCCUGAGCGUGACGGGCAAGAAGCCGCCGUGCUGCGUUCUGUCCAACCCGGACCAGAAGGGCAAGAUCCGCCGGAUCGACUGCUUGCGGCAGGCCGACAAAGUCUGGCGCCUGGACCUGGUGAUGGUCAUCCUCUUCAAGGGCAUCCCUCUGGAAAGUACGGACGGCGAGCGGCUCGUCAAGUCUCCACAUUGCACCAACCCAGCACUUUGUGUCCAGCCUCACCACAUAACAGUAUCGGUCAAGGAGCUGGACUUGUUUCUAGCAUACUAUGUCCAGGACCAAGACUCGCAGCAGUCAGGAAGUCCGAGCAACAAUGAGCCAGGCAAAACCCCUCUUCCAGUGUAUUUGGAAGACAGCUUCAUCAAAUCAGGAGUUUUCAGUGUCGCGGAGCUGGUGCGAGUGUCUAGAAUGCCGAUCACCCACGGCGCAGCGGUACCCUUCUCCAUGGCGGACAUGCCCAGCCAGCCCUACUAUCAUGACCUGAACUCCAGCGUGGCACUACAACGCUCCCUGUCCUCCCCGCCCGGCAGCAAAAGGCCCAAAACCAACAUGGAGGAGAACAUGGAUACCAGCCCGACGGGACCCGACUUCUACUCGUCACCCAGCUCACCAGCCAGCAGCCGGGCAAACUGGCACGACAGAGAUGGAGCAGAGAUGUCCUCUCCCACAAUGAAGAAGCCAGAAAAGCCGCUGUUCAGCCCCACCUCCCCGCAGGACUCCUCCCCACGACUCAGCACUUUCUCUCAGUCUCACCACCCGGGCCUGUCAGGUGUGGGACACAGUGUUAUAUCAUCGAGGAGCCCCCCUUCACACUCGCCCCUGCAGUUCUCAGCCUCGGCCAUCCUGCCUCCGGCACCGUCGUCCUACUUCUCCCACCCCACCAUCCGCUACCCGCCUCACCUCAACCCCGCCGAUCCCCUCAAGAGCUACGUGCCGUCGUACGACCCGUCCAGCCCACAGAGCAGCCAGCCUAACAGCAGUGGUCAGGGGGUUGGAAAGGUCCCGGGCCACUUCACCCCAGUGUUGGCUCCAUCCCCGCACCACGGCCCGGUGCGACCCGUCACUCUUUCCAUGCCCGACACCAAGCCCAUCACCACAUCCACAGAAGGCUACUCGACUCCCGGCACCCCAACGUCUAAUCGUUUUGUAGGCCUGAGCCCUAGAGAUCCCGCCUUUCUCCACCAGCAACAGCUGAGGAAGUGUGACUGGAGCGUGACUCAAAACGGCAGGCAUUAUGGCCCCAGUGCCACUGACGACACUUUGGGGAUUGCUUGGCAAAGUCCUGGUACCUGGGCGAGCUUAGUUCCAUUCCAAGUGUCGAACGGGACUCCGAUUCUGCCAACAAAUGUCCACCAGAACUACAGCAUAAACAUCAUUGGUGAACCGCUGGUCCCCGCCGAGUCCGGGAACUGAGCUCGUCGAGGCUCGGCGCACCUCUGCCCUCCCCCCAGCCGGGGUGGACGGGCGGGGCAGAGCCGGCACUACAGGUGUCUGCAGCCAUGGAUGAAACCAGCAAAGCAGCAGGUGCUGCAUAAACCCCCUCCUCA